UCCUCUGCGUGCACCUGAGAGCCGACGCCCCUGGUGCACACGGCUGCAACCGCGCGGUCCCCUCCGCCAUGAACCGCUUCAAGGUGUCCAAGUUCCGGCACACGGAGGCCCGGGCGCCCCGCCGCGAGGCCUGGAUCAGUGGUAUUCGUACAGGAAGCACCCCCUCAUGUGGGAGCCAUAUCAGAUCCAGCUGCAGCUUGAUUGCCUUCAACUCUGACCGUGCAGGUGUCCUGGGCAUUGUAUCUCUGGAAAGCCAAGGAGAGGACAAGAGACAAGUGGCCUAUCUUGGCUGCCAUUCAGACCUGGUCACCGACUUGGAUUUCUCUCCCUUUGAUGACUUCCUCCUGGCCUCAGGCUCAGCAGACAGGACGGUGAAGAUCUGGAGACUGCCAGGCCCUGGCCAGGCCCUUCCCGCUGUGCCUGGAGUGGUGCUGGGCCCCGAGGCGCUGCCAGUGGAGGGACUGCAGUUCCAUCCUACCGCGGAUGGCAUUCUCAUGAGCGCAGCUGGCAGGGCUGUGAAGGUUUGGGAUGCAGCCAAGGAACAGACCCUGACAGAGCUGGAGGCCCAUGGGGACCUGGUGCAGAGUGCUGUCUGGAGCCGGGACGGAGCCCUUGUUGGCACAGCAUGCAAGGACAAACAGCUGCGGAUCUUUGACCCCAGAGCCAGGGCCAAGGCCUCUCAGAGUAUCCAGGCCCAUGAGAACAGCAGAGACAGCCGGCUGGCGUGGACAGGCACCAAGGAGCACCUCGUGUCCACCGGAUUCAACCAGAUGCGUGAGCGAGAAGUGAAGCUCUGGGACACUCGGCUCUUCUCCAGUGCCCUGGCCUCCCUCACCCUGGACACCUCACCUGGGGCUCUGAUGCCCCUGCUGGACCCAGACUCCGGGCUCCUGGUCUUGGCAGGAAAGGGCGAGAGUCAGCUGUACUGCUAUGAGGUGGCCCCACAGCAGCCGAUGUUGAGCCCAGUGACCCAGUGUGUGCUAGAGAACGUGCUGCGGGGGGCAGCCCUUGUGCCCCGGCGGGCGCUGGCUGUCAUGGGCUGUGAGGUGCUCCGGGUCUUGCAGCUUAGUGACACAGCCAUCAUACCCAUCAGCCACUGUGUGCCCCGGAAGGCUGUGGAGUUCCAUGAGGAUCUAUUCCCGGACACUGCUGGCUGCACACCUGCUUCUGAUGCCCCCACCUGGUGGGCUGGGAGCAACCAGCAGGUGCAGAAGGUCAGCCUCAACCCAGCCUGCCGGCCUCACCCCAGCUUCACUUCCUGCCUGGUGCCACCUGUGGAGCCACCCCGUGACGUGGUCCAGCCUGCAGAGAUGGCCAGGGCGGACACAGACCCAAGCGAGGGCUUCUCCUCUCCGCCCAGCUCACUGACCUCACCCUCCACACCAUCCAGCCUGGGGCCAUCGCUGUCCAACACCAGCGGCAUUGGGACUAGUCCGAGUCAGAGGUCACUGCAGAGCCUGCUGGGCCCCAGUUCCAAAUUCCGCCAUGCUCAAGGCACUGUCCUGCACCGAGACAGCCACAUCACCAACCUCAAGGGGCUCAACCUCACCACACCUGGCGAGAGCGAUGGCUUCUGUGCCAACCGGCUGCGUGUGGCUGUGCCUCUGCUCAGCAGCGGCGGGCAAGUGGCUGUGCUGGAGCUGCAGAAGCCUGGCCGUCUGCCUGACACAGCACUGCCCACACUGCAAAAUGGGGCAGCUGUGACUGACCUGGCCUGGGACCCAUUCGAUCCACAUCGUCUUGCCGUGGCUGCGGAGGAUGCCCGGAUACGACUGUGGCGGGUGCCACCAGGGGGCCUGGAGGCUGUGCUCACUGCUCCCGAAACUGUGCUCACAGGCCACACGGAAAAGAUCUACUCUCUGCGUUUCCACCCGCUGGCGGCAGAUGUGCUGGCCUCGUCUUCCUAUGACCUCACCGUUCGAAUAUGGGACCUUCAGGCUGGGGUUGAACAGCUGCGGCUGCAGGGCCACCAGGACCAGAUCUUUGGCUUGUCUUGGAGUCCUGAUGGGCAGCAACUGGCCACGGUGUGCAAGGAUGGGCGUGUGCGGAUCUAUGAGCCCCGGAGAAACCCUGCACCCCUGCAGGAAGGCGCAGGGCCAGAGGGGGCCCGUGGAGCCCGCGUUGUCUGGGUCUGUGAUGGCCGUUGUCUGCUGGUGUCUGGCUUUGACAGCCGGAGUGAGCGCCAGCUGCUGCUGUACACGGCCGACGCCCUGGCCGAUGGCCCCUCGGCAGUGCUGGGCCUUGAUGUGGCUCCCUCAACCCUGCUGCCCAGCUAUGACCCUGACACCGGCCUCGUGCUCCUCACUGGCAAGGGUGACACCCGUGUGUUCCUGUAUGAGCUGCUCCCUGAGGCCCCUUUCUUCUUGGAGUGCAACAGCUUCACCUCUUCUGACCCCCACAAGGGCUUUGUCCUCCUCCCCAAGACCGAGUGUGAUGUGCGGGAUGUAGAGUUCGCCCGAUGCCUGCGGCUGCGUCAGACCUCCCUGGAACCUGUUGCUUUCCGGCUGCCCCGAGUCAGGAAAGAGUUCUUCCAGGAUGACGUGUUCCCAGACACAGCUGUGAGCUGGGAGCCCGUGCUCAGUGCCAAGGCCUGGCUUGGAGGCGCAAAUGGGCAGCCUCAGCGCCUCAGCCUGCAGCCCCCCGGCAUGACCCCAGUGAGCCAAGCCCCCCGAGAGGCCCCUGCCCGACGGGCCCCAUCCUCAGCACAGUACCUGGAAGAGAAGUCUGACCAGCAAAAGAAGGAAGAGCUGCUGAACGCCAUGGUGGCGAAGCUGGGGAACCGAGAGGACCCGUUGCCCCAGGACUCCUUUGAGGGGGUGGAUGAGGAUGAGUGGGACUAGCCUGCCCACCAGGCACCCCUGGCCUCAGCUGCCACUGCCACCUCCGACAACCACCUGGUGUCCCUGCACACCUCCCACCUCUGCAAACUGGCAGAUGCCACUCUACCCCUGGCUCGUGUGUCUCAGAAGCCCUGGCUUCCUGCAAGCCUCAGGCAUUUUCAUGGCCACUGGGCCCACUGCACCUUGAGGCGUUGCCUGCCCCUCUGCUUUCUCUGGGACCAGCUGUUUCUCAGCUGCCCCCUAACAUGUGGCUUCACAGCCUGGGUGGUGAGAUCGGCCGCAUGUCUCUGGGCUGGCCCUGGACUCCCUGUCUCCCUACUGUGCUGACCCGGGCCGGCCCCAGCGUGGCUGAUCUCAUCCAGCACCUUCAGUCAGCACAUGCCAACCCACCUUGCCUGCUGCCCAGCUCCAGUCACGGAUGUUGGGGGCCGGCCCCCCACCAGGCUGUUUGGAACAGCUACAACCUCAGGGGCCUAGCACUGCUUGGCCCUGCUUCCCAGGCUUGAGGCCAGGAGAAAAGGAUCUCAGAGAGCUGACAGCCUAAUUAUGAUGGUUUGAGCCCCACAGGGACCGGCUUGCACAUGAAUGUUUUCAGCAAUUAAACUUUUCUAAGAUGGCUAA